UAUAAAGCGCGGGCGCCGGCCAGCUGCUGGCAACACCACACCAUGGCGUCCGCGACCGUCACCUGCUUCAGCCUCGCCGUGCUACUCGGUAUCUGGACGCUGCCCUCGGCGUCUCCACUGCCAGCGCCACCGUCGCAGACAGCUGGAGCCUCCUGCCAGCCGUGUUCCGGCGCCGGGUCCCCCGUUUGUGGCAGGGACUCCGAGCUCAACACCACCAGCGCCUUCCUCACCUACUGCCACCUUAAGAGGUUCAACUGCAUCAACCGCACCAAUUUUCGAAUAACUCUUGACAAAAACUGCCCAGCCCUGGUCAACAGUGAACGUCCGAAACCAUCCCCCAACAAGAUUCCACCGAACGACUCUGUCAAUGCGUUAUGAAAUACUUUUAGUCAACCUGCCAAAUUUCCAGUUCACGAUGAAAGAAGACUGUAUAGCUCUAAGUAGCGCGGCCUCUACCAAGAAACCAACAAACGUUAAUCGAACUCCAGACCAGCGGUAAUACUGGAACCACACUUCAGCAUCACCAUCGUUGUAUUUAUUAACAAUUUAUUUAAUAAACGAUAUCAAUACUCAAUAA